GCGGGCGCGCGCUGGGACCUCUGGCAGAUCGGCGUCUUGAACAGGUCUGACACCUCGUGUGCGGUUAGUUGGUGUUUGACAACUGUGAUGGUGGAGCGUGCUGUGCAAUGCCGCAAUUCAUGAGAGAUGCCGAUGAGUGUAUUCAGAAAAUGGGUUCAUUAGAAUUGCAAGAGCUCCUUUGUAAGAAGGACGACAUUAUUCGUCACUUGGAAGCCAAGCUCAAAGUUCGCGAUGACGAGAUCGUGGAGCUCAGGUCGCAACUGGAUAAAUUCCAGAGUGUUAUGCCGUACGCGACGGGCGCCUCGGCGGGAGGGGGCAAAAUGCAGGCCAGGAAGACCCGAGCCCAGGGCAUCUCCGCCGAGCCGCAGGCCAUGAAGACGGUGCAGGAGCUCAACACCCUCAGCCAAACGACGUUCCCCGAGGUCCCCAAAUCCGCCAGGUAAGGA